UAGCUGCAAAUAGCUUAGAAAGGAAUGGAGAUCUCUGAACUCGUCGAAGCGUUCAAGCACUUCCUUAUUCGCUACCACUCCGAAGAUAUUCGCUCCAUUGUUCUCUCCCAAGAUCCCAUGCUUCACUACCCUCUCCACAUAGAUUUUGCGGAGCUCACACAAGAUAAUCCUCCACUCUCACACCUCCUCUUCUCUCAACCCACAAACUUCUUGCCUCUUUUCGACAAAGCGGCUUAUCUGGUUCAGAAAGAUGUUUUCGUUGAUCUUAAGGGUUGGGACGAUGCAAGUGUCAAGGAAUUCGUGCACGUCCGCAUCAAUAUUAGUGGUUCACCUUUGGAAUUUCCUGAAACCUUCCCGAGCAUUGGACGUGUGAGAGUGAAGCACCGGGGGAUUCUUCUCACUCUCAAAGGGACUGUCAUUAGGUCCGGGUCCGUCAAAAUGAUUGAAGGAGAGCGGAAAUACAUGUGCCGAAAAUGCAAGUUCAGGUUUGAUGUUCAUCCUGAACUGGAAAGUGGAAAUGCCAUAAGGCUUCCAUCAUCUUGCCCUUCCAAGGGGGCUAGAUCAUGUGAAGGCACAAGUUUCGAAUUUCUAGAAGGCAGUAUUGUUUGCCACGACUAUCAGGAAAUCAAAAUUCAAGAAAGCACACAGGUUCUGGGGGUUGGAUCUAUACCUCGCUCAAUUACUGUUGUUUUGAAGGAUGAUCUAGUUGACCUUGUCAAAGCUGGAGAUAAUGUAAUUGUUACAGGGGUUUUGACUGCAAAGUGGUCCUCAGAUUUAAAGGAUGUCCGCUGUGAUCUUGACCCAAUAUUAGUUGCUAAUCAUGUUAGGAGAACAAAUGAACUAAAAUCGGAGAUAGAUAUACCUGAUGAAGUUGUCAAGAAAUUCAAGCAAUUUUGGACAGAAUUCAGAGAUACCCCAUUGAAAGGAAGAAAUGCCAUUCUCCGAGGUAUUUGCCCACAAAUUUUUGGACUCUUCACAGUAAAGCUUGCAGUUUCCUUAACUCUGAUUGGAGGUGUACAACAUGUUGAUGCUUCUGGUACAAAGGUUCGUGGAGAGUCUCACUUGCUUCUGGUUGGUGACCCUGGUACUGGGAAGUCUCAGUUUUUGAAGUUUGCUGCUAAACUUAGCAACCGCUCUGUUAUUACUACUGGAUUGGGAAGCACUGCUGCUGGAUUAACUGUUACUGCGGUCAAAGAUGGAGGGGAAUGGAUGCUAGAGGCUGGGGCGCUUGUUUUGGCCGAUGGUGGGCUUUGUUGCAUAGACGAAUUUGAUAGCAUGCGAGAACAUGACAGGGCAACCAUACAUGAAGCCAUGGAACAACAAACUAUUAGCAUUGCAAAGGCUGGUCUUGUAACAAGUCUUAGUACCAGGACAAUUGUCCUUGGUGCAACAAACCCAAAAGGGCAGUAUGAUCCUAGUCAACCUUUGUCUGUGAAUACUACACUUUCUGGACCCUUACUGAGCAGAUUUGAUAUAGUCCUUGUCCUAUUGGACACAAAAAACCCAGAGUGGGAUGCAAUUGUUUCAUCUCACAUUCUUGCCGAGCAAGAAGAACCUGAUAGAGGCAAGGGUAAUGAUGACCUAACAAAUAUCUGGCCACUAUCCAUGCUCAGGAGGUACAUUCACUUUGUUAAAGGACACUUCAAACCUGUCCUGACCAAGGACGCAGAAAGAGUUAUUUCUAGCUAUUAUCAACUCCAAAGAAGAUCGGCAACAGAGAAUGCAGCAAGGACAACUGUUCGCAUGCUUGAAAGUUUGAUACGACUAGCUCAAGCACAUGCAAGACUCAUGUUCAGAAACGAGGUGACUCGAUUAGAUGCCAUUGCUGCCAUUUUAUGCAUUGAAUCAUCCAUGACGACUUCUGCUAUAGUGGACAGUGCUGGGAAUGCCCUUCAUUCCAAUUUCGCUGAAAACCCAGAUCAGGAAUCACCAUAGAUGUGAUUCAAGAAAAGCUGAUCCUUGAAAAGCUGAAGUCAAUUGAUGGAUUUCCUUCAUAAAUAGCUUGGAAAAAUCAAUGUGCAGAUGAGAUGUCCAUGCAAGUUUAGGUUUACUUGGAGUUCAUAUGAUAAGGAUUA